AUGGCAUUGGAAAAAGGCAUGAUACUGUACCACUCCUGUGGUCGGAAUCGUAGACUGGAAGUGUUUAAGGCACUUCAACUAGCUCUGCUUUUAGCAAUCAGCAUUUGGUUGUUAUUCCAUAUCAGAUAUCUGCGUGAGAAGCCUAUGAGUUGUGGUGGGAAUAUGCUAAUAUUGCUCAUGGGACGCAAAGGAAAUGUUGGCCUCCAAGUUGGGAAUAUAUACUCUGAUGGGGGUGGGAUAAGAGAAGUUGAUCAAUGGAGAGAAGCGCGCUUGGUCGAGGGUGACGUAGAAGAAGAAGAGUCAGCACACAAUGGGAGUGAAUAUUCUUGGGGUGUUAACAACGUAAGAAAUGUCGAAAAAGGGCAUGAAAUGGAGCAAGAAAGAGCAUCGAAGAAUGAAGGAGCAGAACAUGAAUCCGACAGGGGAAGUGUGGCUUGCUGUUUUCAUGAUGAAACCGGAGUUCCACCUGACUUCAAUUAGCUGGAACGUUGCAACACCAUGAGAGCUCGUUGGAUUAACAAUGGAUCCUGACUAUUAAAUGAAAUUGUUAAAGAUCACUAAUUUAGUUAAUUAGAUCGUCAGUUGUUGUCUCCCUAUUUCCCUCGUACAAUAUUUCUCAAGACUAAUGC